AUGUCCAUGGCCAAUGUAAACCCCAUGUGGUCUCUUUCUAGCGUCUUGCUCAUGAUUGAGGUCAGGGAGAGUGUGGAAAAUAUUGACGGAAUCACAUCAGUUAAAACCGCAGAUGUUCUUCUUAUAGGAUCAAAUAACCUUACGAUUGAUCUCGAAGUGCCUAGCCGUUUCGAGAGCCCAGCUUUGCGCGAAGCCACGGAGGUGACCAGCCAAGCCUUCAAAAAGCACGGUAGAAUUAUGGGGCUGGCUAGCAUCUACGACAACCACAAACUGCACGAUUGGGCAAUCGAAAAACUGGGUGCCCACUUCUUCCUUGGUGGAUAA